AUGCCCCCUCGAAUCAACGACGAACCGGAAUACGGUGUACCAAUGGACCUGGCGCCGAUGCUGCCGCCCGUGGUUGAUGUCUUUGAUGAUAUUGACGCCCACCUCGGCAUUUCCCAGCUGCGUGUCGAUUCGCAAAUGUUCCGCCAGUGCGAGGCGCUGCUGAACGCGGCUGUUCCUCUGGCCACUGAACUCGACGAGGUCAAGUAUAUCCUGUCCGUCAUGGUUGUCGCUGGCAGCCGCCUGAAACUUGUUCAGGAAGGUUUCUCCCGCGGCGAGUUUGCGAUUUUUGAGUUUGGCCGGGAGGAUCUCACUUCUUACAUCGAGCACUACGGCUCCGAUCUAGCCCAGGCGGGCGGUCUUUUCGUCCUGCGCCUCGGAGUUCCGGGGGCCCAUGUGGGCGAUCCGGUA